AUGUCUGCUGAAGCAUAUCGCGAGACACUGGACAGAUCUUUGCAGCUCUCAAUACAGUCAUUGAAAGAUAUAGCAGAGGAGGGUGCAGAUUUAAACGAUAUCAGAAGGAAACUCAUUUUGGAUACGUCGUCUCUAGUGACAGCGAAAAACUCAUUCAGGAGAGACAUUGAAGAUCUGAACUCAAAAUAUCUGCAAAAGAGGCAACUAAAUGACUCGAACUUUAAUAAUACCUUUUUAACGAAGUGGGAAAUUCAGAGAAUCAAAAACUCGAGAUUAUACAGUAAUCUAAUGGAGGUGAUUAGGGAAAUACCAGAUUUGAGAACAGACUUACUGAAUGAUGUAUCAAUUGAGAAUUUCCAAGAUUACUUUGUCGAAAAAAAGGAAUUUGAGAGAAUCAUCUCAGAGGAUAUUGGAAACCUGCAUAAUUUUAUAAUACCGAAGAAUGUGGACGCCGAAUUAUCUGAAAUAUUUGAGAAAUCAGAUAUCAACAAGUUCAAGUUGGUUCAAUUACAUGAUAAAUAUUACAACAAAAAAAUCUCAAAUUUAAACGAUUCUUUGAGGAAGUGGGAAUCCAAGUUGAAUAGACUGAAAUCUUUCAAAGAUGAUGCUAUCAAAUUCAAAAAUGAAAUUGAAGAUGUUAAUAUGGAUGAACACAAUGAUCAAGUAUCAGAUGUCGAAAUUGAUGAUGACUAUGUUGAUGGUGACGGUGACGCAGAUAUCGAUGGUGAUGCAGAUGUAGCUAGUGAUGCAGAUGUAGACGGUGAUGCGGAUGGCGACGCAGAUGCAGAUAUAGACCAUGAGCAUGAUGAUGAAAUGACAGAAGACUAUGUGGGGGAGCAGAACGUGCAGAAAAUUGAUUACAGCCACGAGGAAUUGAUGGAUAUUGACGAUGAAGAGGGGAAAAUACAAUCUCCAGACCAACCAUACGAGAACGCCUCUGGUUUUAAUAAUGAUGAAAUAGAAGGCAUAGAAAGCUAA